CUCCGCGCGUCGCCAGCUCCCGGCCCGCCGCCGCCUGCUCGCCGGCCCCGCCGCGCCCGCCAGCCCCGCCGCGGAGCCCCGGCCCGGCCCCGGGCCGCCGCCACCACCACGCCGCGCGCCGUACUCCGAGUCAAGAAUGGGGCGGCCAAGCUGCCCAAGCCGCCCGCCGCCGCCGCCGCCGCCGCGGCCGAGGCGCCGGGCGCCGGCGCGGGCAUGGAGCGCUCGCAGAGCCGCCUCAGCCUGUCCGCCUCCUUCGAGGCGCUCGCCAUCUACUUCCCGUGCAUGAACUCCUUCGACGACGAGGACGCAGGGGAUGGCCGGAGGCUGAAGGGGGGCAUCCAGAGGAGCACGGAGACGGGCCUGGCAGUGGAGAUGCCCAGUCGGACGCUGCGCCAGGCCAGCCAUGAGUCCAUCGAGGACAGCAUGAACAGCUAUGGCUCAGAGGGCAACCUUAACUACGGAGGAGUUUGCCUGGCAUCAGACGCACAAUUCAGUGACUUCCUGGGCAGCAUGGGGCCAGCACAGUUUGUGGGCCGCCAGACCUUGGCCACCACUCCCAUGGGGGACGUGGAAAUUGGCUUGCAGGAACGGAACGGUCAGCUAGAAGUGGACAUCAUCCAGGCUCGGGGUCUGACGGCCAAGCCAGGCUCCAAGACACUGCCAGCGGCCUACAUCAAGGCCUACCUGCUAGAGAAUGGUGUCUGCAUUGCCAAGAAGAAGACCAAAGUCGCUCGCAAGUCGCUGGACCCACUGUAUAACCAGGUGCUGCUGUUUCCUGAGAGUCCCCAGGGCAAAGUCCUACAGGUGAUCGUGUGGGGGAACUACGGGCGGAUGGAGCGGAAGCAGUUCAUGGGUGUGGCACGCGUGCUGCUGGAGGAGCUGGACUUGACCACCCUGGCCGUGGGCUGGUACAAGCUCUUCCCCACUUCCUCCAUGGUGGACCCAGCCACGGGCCCCCUGCUCCGGCAGGCAUCUCAGUUGUCCCUGGAGAGCACCGUGGGGCCCUGUGGAGAGCGAUCUUAGUGCUGAGGAUGGAGAGGGUCUCCCCCAAAGGGCCUGGGGACCUCCCAGCCCUGAUCUGGACCCCAGGCCCAGGGGCACACUGGACAGGAGGACGGGGUUCUCCCCCACAGCGGGGAAGCAGAAUGGGGAGACCUGCCCCCCUUGGGCCCCUCCUCACCCCUUCUUUGCCUCCUACUCCCUGAGACCUUCCCUCUCCCAACGGGAUUGUCUAUACUUUUGACUGGGCCGGUUCUUGACCUGGUGGAUAUGGCUGCAAUCUGGAGAAAGGAGAGACUGAGGUGGCAGAGCAAACCACUCUCCUGCCCCAAACACUGUUCACUUCUCCCCCUUUUUGCCUCCUCGGAAGCUCGCUGCCCGGAGCCAAGUCCAGAACCCGGCCGGCCAUCUCCAUGGUGCCAAUUACCAGCAAGUGUCUUUCCUGCGGCACCGGGUUCAGGCAGCUACUCCUGCCCCAGAGCUGUCGGGGCAGCUUUGCAAGGAUCCGGAGCCAGCUCCCACAGGCCCGGAGCCCCCUGCUGAAGAGGAGCUCGGGCUUCCUUCUGCCUGCCCAUAGAAGGAGCUUUGCCGCAGCCUGUCCGAGUCCAUCUGUCCAUCCCCUCCUGCCUGCUCCUCUUCGGGUGGCUCUAGGAUUUGGGGUCCAGAGGGAUCAAAAGAAAGGAGGAGUACUCGGGGCCUGGCACAGACCCCAGGGUGCCUUGCUCCAUGGGAUUGCAACAGGCUAGUUUGAGAACUGUCGGUGGUCUGGAAAGGACAUUGUCAUCUGUGUUUUGGUGGAGAAGCUAUAUGACCCCAAGUUUCCAGAACUCCAAGCCUAGAGAGCUCACUGUCUGCAUUUGCAGGAUGCUGGGUUGGAGGGGGAGGCUGAGGAAAGCUGGUGGUGCCAGGGUAAGGGUUUCCCAAAUAGGAGAAUCCCUCCUUGUCGGAUGAGGUCAAAGAUUAUCUUGUCUACCCCUCUGCCUCCAGGCUAGGGGCCUGGGGAGGCCAUAGAGCGCCCCUAUUUUAGUCUUUUUUAACUAACCAUUCUGUACUAAGGGCAGAACCCACUGCCUUGGCCUCAAUUACCUUGGCUCAAGGAAAGAUGGUGGUAGGAGAGAAAUAGGAUAAAAAGGUUUGAGUGUAAAAAUUGGGAGAUUCCUUCCCAAGCAGGCCUGGGUUGCUGCCUUCCCAGCCUGGCCCUCCCUGGGGCCUGCGGGAGCCCUUUUGCAUGCAAGGGAGGAUAUAAGCUGGCCUCUCUUUAUAGAAGCACAUUUCUGCCAGCCUCCCCUGGGAGGCACCCAGCAGCCUACCACUCCUCUGUACCUAGUCCCUGCUGUGUAGGGCGUAGUCCAGGUUAGCUGGGUAGAGUUAGUGUUCCAAACCUUGGGGCCUGUUCUUAGCUCAUACAUAGUCCUUGCAGAGCCCCAGGUCAGGUGGGGAGGAGACACAAGAACAUUCCAGGAGACCACUGUCUCCUUGCUGGCCUGGGCCUGCGGCGGCCAGCCCCUCCUCCCCUUCCCCCUUCUUUCCCUAUCCCCAUAGGGUUGUAGCUGGAGCUGCCCAUUAGAAUCAUGUUCUGAUUUAUUAUCCUUGGUCCUGACUUUCUUUACAAGGCACUCUUUAUGAUUGUGGGGCCUUGGCAGAGGGGGCCUGGUCUUCACUAGAAGGUGUCAUUUUCCACUGAGGACACCCAGGCUGUCUUUGGUCCCACCCUGUUCUUGGUCCUGCCGGGCGAUUCCUUCCACCUAGAAACUUUUUCCUGUCCCCGGCUUGUUUCAGCCCAGGGUAUCCUUUAAAGCCCUGGCAGAGAGUUACAGCGCCUCCUUACAGGAGCAUCUUAUGCUGCACUGGGAAGAGGAAUUGCGGAGGCCCCUCCUAUCCAGGAUCCCAAGGCUGGGGGCAGGUGGGAGCAGGGCUCUGGGUGGAAUCAACCCCCCCCCCAUUUGUGUUUUUAACCAGUGUGAUUUCUCUGCUGUUUGUUUAUUACUCACCAUUUAGAAUAUUUUGAGCCAGGAAAGCAACUUCUCUCUCCAGCCAGCACUGCUAUGGUUGUUCAGGGGUAGCUUUUCAAAGAUGGGGCAGAGGCUGGCUGUUCCAACCAGAGGGGGAGAGGGCUCGGCCCUGGCAGCCUGAGCCCACCCUCUGAUGGCCACAUAGCCUUUAUAAAGAGAGAGAAAGCUCCGAAGCAAUAACACCCUGGGGGUGGUCAGCAAGGGCCCCCUCAAUGAUUUUCUUGUUUGUUCUGUGAAAUCUCUCACCUCCUGGAGGGGUGGGGUGGCUGGGGCUGGAGCCCUAUUUCUUUGUGUCAUCAUUGUGACCACAAGCCCCCUUAAGACGGGGCUGUGACCAUCAGAUGUGGGAACCACCGUCUGUCCUCAUCAAGGGAUGGGGGUUUGGGGAGGGAAGUGACAUUUUCAUUAGCUUUGGGGAAACUUCAAGCCCAGCCCAGUCUGUCCCUGCUGUUGUCUGAUUCUUUGCCAGCUCAAAUUGCAUCAUUCAGGGAGCAGCAGAGAGGGUGGAAUUUGGGGCCUGGGGUCUCUAGGGGAUGAUUUUAUUUUCAAUCUCUAGGCCAAGAUCACACACAGAGGUACCAUGAGAGGGAACCAUUUCCGCUUUCCUUCUCCAGAAUCCCCUUCAUACUAAAGGGAAGGGGUCUUUGGGCUCAUUAGUCCAUCUUCAUUUUACAAACAAGGAGGCAAGGCCACAGCACGGGGGAGGAGCCACCCCUGGGGUCACCUGUGCAUUCAGUGGUACCCCCAGCUGGGUCUCCAGGCAGGCGGAGGUAGGGGCACCCCUACCCACACUUCCUCCUCCCUUCACUUAGGCACCUCCUAGUGGCCUGAGAACAUGGGCAGGGCAAGUUGUAGUCCAUCAGAAAGGUUAGGAAACUGGGGCCCAGAAAUAGUAAGUGACUCAGUCAAGACCCCUCAGCAAGUGUGCAACAGAAUGGACAGAAGUAGGACUCUGUGGCUUGUACUUCAGGUGACAGGAAGACAUGUUACCUUCAUGGGCAGUAACUUCUGGGCUUGGGUUUGGGAAAGGAUUGCCAGGGAGACCAAGCUCUCCUGGGGGUCUUGCCCAGCUGACUGAGGAUCUGUAGGAUUUGAUCCAGGCUUUGCUGUCUGGAUGGAGAAUCUUGCUGAGGGGCUGUAACCUCUCUGGGACCAACUGGAGGGAGAGUUAAGAAACACCUGCUCCUUCCUGUGGCUGAGAGCACCAAGGGGCAGCAUGAUGCUCCUCAGCUUGGGGACGUCCUCCCAAACCUUUGGGUGUAAUGAGUCCUAGCCCUCCCCUAGUGCUUUUCGAACUUUUGUUUUCAGAGUGCUUUUACCUUGAGUGUGGUCUUUGGCCCUCACAAGAGGCCCUGGGUAGUAGCUGAGGGCCUUUGCUGUCAGCCCCAUUUUAAAGAGGGGAGUUGAGAGCCUGGGUGGGGAGGUGCUUGCCUGAGGUCCCACUUAGACAAAUCAGUGGCUGAGCCAGGCCUGGAACUCGGUUUCUCAGCAGUUCAGGGCUCUUCUGUACAGGGAGGUGAAGGGGAUAGUUUACUGGGUGGUUGUGCAUUCUGCAAGCUGGCUGACUAUACCAUUCUUUAAAUCAGGAGCUCCUGGGUGCAUUUCAGCAUCAGAAACAGCAAGCACCAAGUCUCGUCCUCUUUGGAGGUACAGCUGUUGCAUCAGGCAAGGUCACCUGCAUUUAUUUAUUGAGUAGCAGCAGUGCCAGGACCAGGGGACUGAGCUUGUUCCUUGUAGUGAUUCCAAGGCCCUCUGGGAGGACCUCACAUCUAUAGAGCAGCACUUCAGAGUGGACAGAAGGUGUCCACGAGCUCCCAACUCUCAACCCCCAUGAGGUGGGCUGGUGGUACCCAUUUUACUCAGAGCUUUUGUGAGGACAAAGUGGAGACUUGAACCCAGGGCUAUGGGCAUUGCCUCUGGAGCCAGUUCCCUCUAUGGCUGCCUCCUGAGGGGCUGGUGGGAAGGCAGGGGCCUGGGUCCUCAGGCUGGAGGCCUCUCUCCAUCCACCCACUUUUCCCCUCAUUCCCUCUCGGGGAGCAGGAGCUGCCCAGGCCUUUGGGGAGGGAGGUUUUCCAGGGCUCCUGGGUUGCAGCGGGUCACAUUGCAUUGUGUUCAUGACCAUGUAGCUCAUGUUGAAAAUUAAAAGUUUUUGGCUUUUCUAACCUGA